AUGGCAGAGGGCAUCUUCCGGCACACCGUCAAAGACCCGCAGUACCAAGGGCGCAUAGGGAAAAUCGACUCUUGUGGCACAGGCGCUUACCACGCUGGUGAUGACCCUGACGAGAGGACGAUGGCCACGCUGGAACAGAAUGGCAUCACAGACUACCGGCAUGCUGCUCGCAAAUUCAAGAACUCGGAUCUUCAGGAGUUUGACUAUGUAUUCGCCAUGGACCGUUCAAACUUGUCGGACUUGCGGCGUAAAACAUCAAGUGGCGACAGAGCCAAAGUCAUGCUCUUUGGAGAGUAUUCUGGCACGGGCAAGGCGGAGAUUGUCAACGACCCGUACUAUGGCGGCGAUCAGGGAUUCAAGACGGCUUUUGAGCAAUGCAGCCGGUUCGCGCGCAACUUCCUGGACGAAGUGGUGGCGACGGAGAAUUAG